UGAUAAAUAUAUGAUAAAUAAUAUAUAAUAUAGUAUGUAUAUGAGUCAUGAAAGUAGCUUAUAUAUAUUAGUAUAUGGUAUGUGUAUGUGAAAGUUUUUUGAAAGAAUAUUUCAGUAUGCGUAAGUCUUAGCAUCAAGUAUAGUAUGUAGAGGGGGAGAAACAUAAGCACUUUGCUGGAUCAUAGUGAUGAGUCACACAUUUGUGCAAGUGUCAAAUGUCUUCGAGAAAUACUAAUUUCUUUAAUAUUUAUUUUUAUAUUUAUAAUAAAAUAAAAAAAAUUAAUUAAAAAUGAAUAAUACGGAUAUAAAUGAUCGUCCGAAAUGGUUGCUAGAAUUAGAAAAUCGGAAAAGAAAGCCUCGAUUGGCACAUGAAGCUGGAGCUGGAGCACCUUGUGUUCUUUGUAAAAUGGCAUGUCCAGGUUUAGAUUUACAUUUUUGGAGAAAAAUUUGUAAAAACUGUAAAUGCAAUAAAGAUGAUCAUGAUGUUGAUGAUGAUGAUUUCCCACAAUUUGAUUUGUUAUUUGGAACUUCAAAAAAAUAUAAAAAGAAAUCAAUAUUAUUACAUAUAAAUGAUGGAAAGAAAUAUGUAGAAGAAGCAUUUGAAUGGAUACCACCAAAUACAACAAAAGAACUUGCUGUAGAUUAUAUGAGAGCUUUACCUAUAGAUAAGUUACCUAUUAAAGGAUCAACUGGUGCAGCUCUAAGAAGACAAUUAUUGCAAAAGCAAUUACCUCUUCAUGAUAUAGAUUAUAAAAGUUGUGAUAAAUUAAGUGAUCAAGAAAAAAAACAGUUUGAAAAAUAUUUAGAAAAUAUAAAAAGAUAUGUAGGACAAGGAAUAGUAACAAAGAUAUUAAGCGCUCGUCCAUAUGAUGGAUCAUUAGUAACACCUGUGAAUGCUACUGAUAUGCAACGUUUUAAUCCACAAAACAAACUUAAUUUAUCACCAAGCUUUGUACAAUUACGUACACCAAGUAGUUUUGCUCCAAAAUGUUCAUAUAAAAAGAAUAUACAUGAAAAUAUAAAUGUCCAUGAAUUUUGUGCUCUAGAAACACCAAGUAAUAUUAAAAGUAAUCAAAUUUUUGAGAAAUAUAACAUAACCAGCAAUGAUAAUGAAAGUAAUAGUAAUAAUCAAAAUAUAAAAAAUGUAACAAUUGAAAACCUGAAUUUAAAUGAUACGGUAGUUACAAAUGUAAAUUCUAAAAUAACAUUACCUUCGAAUUCAUCUGAAUGUUAUAAAGAAGCAUAUAAAGAUAUGUUCAAAAAUCCAUCUACUUCUCUAUUAAAUUCGAAAUCAAUCAAUGAUAAUAUUGAUGUUGAAACUUUAUUAGUAGAUGCUUUAUUACCAUCUAGUGUACAUACAACUGAUGUAAUUAAAAGUACAUUAGAUGAGAAAAGUUUAAUGUAUAUACGUGAAAAACUCACAAAUAAAUAUAGUAAUCAAGAAAAUCAAAAACAAAUCAAUAUUCCCAAUUUUGCAAAAAAUUUAGAUUCAAAUAAUUCGCAAAAUAAAAAUUUUCCCAUAAAUAUUAAUAAAGAAACUGAUACUAAUAAAGAAAUAGCUACUAUAAAUCCUGAAAUGUUAAUUCCAUCAAAAGAAAAAUUUCAAAAUAUAGAAAAGAAUACUUAUGAUUCUACAGAAACAUUUAAUGUAGAGAAUUCAAAAGAAAAUAAAUUAUUAACGUCUUCGAAAAUGAUGGAAAAUCAAUUUCUUUCGUCAACUUCAUCAUCACAAUUACAGACUUCUAAUAUUAAUAAUUAUCAAGCAACACUAAAUAGCUUUACAACACCUUCCACCAUUAUUCAUUCUGAAAAACUGGAAAAGCAAAUUUUUCCGUAUGAAACUAUUUCUAUACCAAAACAAUCAGAAGAUCUUAUAAAUGCAGAACAUCUUAAAAAUGUCAUGGAUCAAUUAACAAUAAAUUCUAAAUUACAAAAAUGUCAUAAAUGUAAAGAAGAAAUUCAUGUUGGUGAUGUUGCUGUAAUUACAGAAAAAGCUAAAAAUGCAAUAUGGCACCCAGGAUGUUUCGUAUGUAAUAUGUGUAAUGAAUUGCUGGUAGAUUUAGUAUAUUUUUAUUACAAAAAUAAAUUAUAUUGUGGUAGAGAUUUAGCAACACUAUUAGAAAUUCCUAGAUGUUUUGCUUGCGACGAACUUAUUUUUGUACGAGAAUACACUGUUGCAGAAGGUCAUAAUUAUCAUGUAAAACAUUUCUGUUGUUGGGACUGUGAUGUUCCAUUAGCUGGAAAACAGUAUAUUACAGAGAAUGAUCGUCCACUAUGCCUUUUGUGUUAUCAAAAAACAUAUGCAAAAACAUGUAACUUAUGUAAGAAGAUAAUUGCUGCUGAUCAAAAAGGCGUUGCUGUUAAGGAUUUAAAUUUUCAUGCAACAGAAGCUUGUUUUUGCUGUUACAUAUGCAAUAAAAAUUUAUUAAGUAGCAAAUUUGCAGUUAAAGAGAAAAAAAUAUUUUGUAGUAAGGAAUGCAUUUCUAAUUUUUUACAUUCACAAAUUAAAUAGCAAAUUAAUAAUAAUAAAAUAGUAUUUGUAUUAUUCUAUUUUUAAUAAUUUUUUUAUUAUUUUUCUUAUAUUUUUUAUUUUUUGUCUUUUUUUUUUUAAUUGUUAUAAAAUAUAUUUAAUUACAAAGUUUAAAUUUUUUAUAAAUGUUGUCAGUAAAAUAUUAAUAAAAAACAAAUAUAUACUGAUACAAUCAUAUCUAAAAUAAAUAUAUUUAAUAAAAAAUAUAUAUUCGUUUUUUAAAUAAAUAUUCGUUGUAUACUUACAUUUAUACAUUUAUAUUUUAAAUCUUAAAAAAAUAAUAUAAAUUUCAAUUUUUAUUUUAUUUUUAUUUUAUUAUUUAAUUUCAAUCUCUUUUUGUGAUAAAAUAUUUUAUUAUUGAAAAUCAAUAAUAUUUUUUAAAAAAUUACAUUAUAUUAUAUUUACGAUAUCUAUAUAUAUUUUUAUUACGAAAUUAUUAAAAUAUAUUUUUAAUAUAUAUUUAAAUUAUUUGUAAGAAAAAGAUAUGUAAUCAAAAAAUAUUUUAAAGUAUUAUGUCAAUUAUAAUCUAUCAAUUUUUAAUAAAAUUUUAAAUAAAUAAAUUAUAUUUAAAAAUUAUAUUACUUAUUUUAAUGUUUAUUUUUAUUUAAAUUUAAUUCAGAAAUAAUAUUUAAAACUCUAUAAAUGUUACAUUUAUUUAAAAACUAAAUAUUUUUAAUAAGAUAACAAAGAAUGUUCUAUUAUUUUGAUUUUGAUUAUAUUUUAUAUACUUGUAUAAAAAGAAAGUAAUUUUAAAAAAAAAUCAUAAUCAAAAAUAUCUAAAAAAAAUUAUUAAAUAACUUAAAAUAUUAAAUCAAUUAUAAAAUAGAUUUUUAUAUUAUAAUAAAUAAUUCUUAUAUAUAUAAAAUUAGAAUUAUUUAUUAUUUUUAUAUACAUAAGAAUUAUAUAUGUAUAAUUAUAAUAUUAUAAUUAUAAUUAUGAUGAUAUAUAUCUAAAUAAUAUAAUUUUAUAUAUAAUAUAAUUUUUAUAUAAAUGUUUUUUUUACUGUAUUUCAAAAUAGAUUAAAAUAUUGUAAUUUUA